GCGCCAUCUGCGGACGGAGAGCACGCAUCGCCUCCGGUCCACCGACUCCUUCAAAGGUGAAGCCACCGAUCUCCAACGCCUAAAAUUUCCUCUCCUCUCCUCGCCUCAGCUUUCGCCGCCGCAUCGGGAAGCAACGACAGCGGUCUCAUUCCAGAAGGCAGGAGCGAGGAUAGAGAAGGGAGACAACGAGAGGUCGGAAGGAAAAAAGGGCGAGUGGAAUAAGGGAAGUACGGAAGGGGAGGGAGCAUGUGCGAUUUGGUGGCCCGCACCGGUCGACAUCAACAGCGAUACGAGGCCGGUUGUCGCCUUGUUGCCGGGUGUAUCCCAUUUAGGUAUAAGAACUAUGAUACUUCUGAUGGGAAACAUGAUAUGGAACUUGAAGUUCUCAUGAUAAACUCACCUAGUAGGCCAGGUCUCCUAUUUCCAAAGGGAGGAUGGGAAAAUGAUGAAACAGUCGAAGAGGCAGCUGUACGAGAAGCCAUUGAAGAAGCAGGAGUGAGAGGAGAUAUAGUGACAUUCUUGGGGGACUAUCUCUUUAAAAGCAAAACCCUGCAAAAUGAAUUCAGCCCAGAAGGUUUGUGCAAAGCAGCCAUUUUUGCUCUGCAAGUGAGAGAGGAGCUACAAUCAUGGCCAGAGCAGAGCACCCGCUCUAGGUCGUGGGUUACCUUACCCGAAGCUGUGGAGCAAUGUAGACAUCCUUGGAUGCGGGAUGCUCUCAUCGAGGGAUUCUCAAAAUGGCAUGCGGGUAUAAGAACAAGGGUUGAAGGUGAAGCCACUCAAGAAGAAAAUGACCGACCUGGACAGGAGAGAAGCCUAGAAGAUGAAAGAUAA